AUGUCUGGCAACCAGCCCAUCACGCAUUCGAUGCGUAUGACUGGACUGCUUACCCAGCCAUUGAUCCCCAGCCCUGUCAUCAACUGGAUCCUUCCAGCGCGUCUUCGCAAUAAAGACCACAACGAUGUGGUUUUCAUUGGAGAGCGGCGAAUUCAAAUCAAAGAAGCCCUGCCCAGUGGUCAUCUUCAAGACGUUGUCGAAAAAUCUGACCUAGAAGGCUCGCUUAUUGGGGCAAAGGUCAUCAAUGUAAGCACCCAGUUGCCUUGGGGAACUGGGGCUCCAUCAAGUUUGUUGGGUCACUCCUACAACUCUUACGACACUGAUCAUUUACCCCCUCACAUUCUUUUUCUUGCUACGGACUCAAAUGAGCUCCUUUUCAUGUAUUACUCGGAGAUGGGAGAUGGUCCAUUUGUUUCCUACAAUCGACCUCUGCCCCGCGAUGUCAACAUAGCCGACAAGUAUGGCAGGCACAUAGCUGUUGAUCCUAAAUCGCGUGCGGUCGCAGUCAGCGCGUCACGCAAUUUCUUUGGUGUCUUGUGGUUGAAAUCUCCUGGCGAACUCCAGAGGCAGAUGGCUCAGGGAAAGCUAAACCCACUUGAAAGUGAAACUUUCUUGCAAGUGGAUGGCGAUAUCCUGUUUAUGGAAUUCCUUUACCCGAAAGACAAUCAUGACAAACGGACUAUUCUACUGCUUAUUGUCCAUAACAUUGGCAUAACACGGUCAAUUGUGUUUGAAUGGAAUGAAACCAGUAUGCUCAACCGCAUGGAUCCGAAACUUUCCUCGACUACUCUGCCUCGGCAAGACCAUUUGCCUAGUAUGGUCAUCCCUUUGGCCAAAGAAUCGUCCUACCUCCUGAUUACCACAAAUUCCAUGGCAAUGUAUACACCAAAUUGCUCGUCUCGUCCAAUGCGAUACCCAUCGAUCAUUCCUGACGCAGAAUCAUCCGAAGCUGGACUGUGGACUCGCUGGGCCAGACCUUCGCGGAACUGGAUGUACAGUCAGAGAUACGAUGGAAUCUUUCUAUGUCAAGAGAAAGGCUGGAUCUAUUACCUUGAGUUCGGUAACGAUGGGGAACUCGAAACCCAGACUUCUCUAGGUCAACUCCACUGCGAUGUUGAUACGGCAUUUGAUAUUCUUGAUAUGGGCCAUGAAGGUGGCGACUUCAUUAUUGCUGCUGGAAGCCAAGGCGAUGGCGGGUUGUUUGUCCAGGAGGCACGGGAUCACCCCAGAUGUGUUCAGCGAUUCCUCAACUGGGCACCAGUUCCUGAUGCAGUUACUAUUCCCUCAAACUCCCCAGCCGUCUCCAAAGAAAAUCCAUAUGAUUGCGAUCGGCUCUUUGUCUGCUCAACCUCUGCUUCAGGCAAUGGAGCUAUCACCGAACUUCGAUACGGCGUUGAGGCUCAGAUUGGAAUUUCUGCCUCAUUGGGUGAAUUGUCCAGCAUACGUAGUAUGUGGGCGGUGUCAUUCGGUGCUAAGGACUCAAUCUAUUUGCUGGCCUCCGAUCCGCUUUCGUCGCUGCUUCUUCGUACGACUCCCGACAUGAGAGAUGGCAUUACAGCCCUUGAGGACGAUUCAGGCUUGGGCAUUCAGCAGACUUUGGCAAUGGACUGUACACCCUCCGGUGUUAUUGUCCGUGUCACAGAAAGAGCCGUGCACCUUUUCGUCCCUACUGAUUUCACUCUCAACAGCUGUGUUGAACAUGAUCCCCUUGCAUUUGUCACAGCAGCUAUUGUGGAUGGCCCAAGUUCCACUGUUAUCAUAACUACAAGAAGUAAAGAGGGAAGUUUUCUCCAUCUUCUCCGGAUAGUCACGACUGAAGGAAGUCCCCCUCCCUGUCCAAUUAUGAGGGUCUAUCCCACCCGCUCCAAAAAGAGCCCAUCUAAUUGGGGAGGAAUUGGGUUUAUUUUCCUGGGCACCAGUGAUGGCACAGUGCUGUCAUUCGAAGUUUACAACGAGACUGGUGGAAUCACACAACAUGCCGACACUCUUAUUGACGUCGGUGACAAUCCAGAAGAUAUGGCAAAAACGAUUGAAAGCCUUGCUGUUAUCCACACUCUUUCAGACGAUAGAAUUCACGCAUUUCUUUUCUGCGGGCUGCGAAGUGGCACACUUGUUCCGUUUGAGAUAGACACAAACGUCGUUGAUGAUCACGGUGACCCUGGCUUCGGUUUCAACUGUUUGAAACAAAGAGCGCCACACGAUCUUGGGCAAACAUCAAUUAACCUCAAAUCCUACGACAAAUUUGCGUUGUUUACAUGUGGAGAUGAUUUCUGGCGUGUGUCAUAUGCCCCAGAUGGCAAUGGCUUUGACUAUUUCUUGUCUCGUGUUUGGAUUACAGAUCAGAACCACCCUGCAUACUUCCCUACCAGACUCAGCAGCUUCGAUAUUGUUGAAGUAAGAGAGUACCGGUCUGAGGUUCCAGCUACAUACUUGUUUUGUUUUGCAGAUGGUCAGCUUUUGAUAUGCUCUCUGGAACAAGAGGCAAAGGUUGUUCCCCGACGCAUCGACAUUCCCGGAAAUCCCAGCAAGCUCGCCUACUCCAAUCAUCUCCGGAGUCUCAUCGUUACAUAUUCUGUCGCCCAGGUCGGAGAGCAAGGAAGGCCUCUCGAUCUUUCCCGCACGGCAUUUAUCGAGUUUGUGGACCCAGACACGCAGUCGCCAGUGUUCCCCAGCGAUAUACACAUGGUUUGUCGCGGCCUUACCCCCUGGAGACCGCAUGGAGUCCCCGGUGAGAAAGUCACAUGCAUUUUCGACUGGAUGCCACAACGAGAGGGGAACGCAUACCAUCUUAUCGCUAUUGGGACAUCAAUCAGCCUGCCUCACAAACCCAAUAACCGCAAAGGUCGGUUGAUGCUCAUACAAGCGUCUCGGGAUGCCAACCAUCCCGAGCAGAUCACUUGCACUGACAAGCAUACACAAUCGUUUGAUCACCCAGUUUAUGCGAUGGCGGCAUGCGGCGAUAGCUUGAUUAUUGUCUCUGGGAAGAAAUUCUUCACGGUCUCCUCGCGAAACUCUCAAACAAAAUGGGUUCGGAACAUUACAGCUACCCUUCCAUCCCCAGCUGUCGCGAUGACAGUGCAAGGAAGCAUGAUCUACGUCACCACCUCGAGACAUUCCCUGCUGGUUUACAAGAUUGCAGAUGGCGACAUCCUGAUGCAUGGUUUCGACCCAAUUGCACGCGAUGGUUUGUCUCACAGUUUAAUGCGCGGGUAUGGAAUUGAACCGGAUGUCCUUUUUGUGAGUAGUCGAGGUGGAGCUACCCGGGCUUUCACAGACAUCGAUCAGCCAGGGGACCUUGUACCUCGUCCGAUGGCCGAUCUCCCCGUCUCCUUGAUCAAGCUCACUCGGGGCAUCAAGUCUCCGGAUUCCCUGACGACCAUCAAGACCUUUUAUGGUUUUGGUAUCAAUGGAUCUGUCUACCGGCUCUUGCCCCUGGACGCGAAGGAGUGGCACCUCCUUCGGCUUCUACUCGAAAUCUGCCUUAGGGAUGAGGUCAUCUGUCCCUCCCUGUCCCGCAGACAUCGCUACCUUGAUGCAAUUUCCCAGGUCGAGAACAACAUGCAUAUCGACGGCAACAUUCUGGGUCGCCUUGCCAGUCGCAACUCGAAACAUCUGGAUGAGGUUCUCAUGGCAUGCAACAGGAGUCAGUUCAAGGACCUGACUCCUGAGACAGUUCACAUGUUCUUUGGGGCAGUUGAGGAUGUGCUUGGCGUCCAUACUCACCAUACCCAGGCACUCUUCAGCUGGCUUCGAAAGCUACUACACAUUGAGAUUUAA